CUUUUUCCUCUCUGCGAAAAUGAGUCUCUCAAUAUAAAACUUCGAUCCUUCGACACCGGCUUCUCUGUAUCAGUUCUCCGCUAGGGCUUUUCGCAUUCGCUUCGGCCAAUCAUCUCCGAAUCGGAAUCGCUUGUGUCGUUGUCGGUUGCAGCUUCUAGGGUUUUUUGUUUCUGUCCGUCGUCCUCAAAUUUGUUUGCUGAAGCAUGGCGAGGAACGCUGUUUACGAUGAUGAAGACGAUGCUGAGCUUGAGGACGAGGAGGGAGAGCCUGUCCAUGGAGACCCAGUUGAGGGCCGUGGCGAUGAUGAGGAUGAAGACGAAGAAGAAGGUCAGGAUGAGUAUGAGGAUGAUGGGUUCAUAGUGGAUGAUGUUGAUGAAGAAGAGGAAGAACAAGAAGAAGAAGAAGAAGAAGAGAAGCAAGAUAGUGAUGAGGAGAGGCAGAAGAAAAAGAAGAAACGAAGAAAAAAGGAUGAUGAUCUUGAUGAAGAUGAUUACUUACUUCUCCAAGAUAACAACAUCAAUAUCCAAAAGAAGAAGUACAAACGGUUGAAGAAAGCGCGGAGAGAAUCUGAAGGUGGAAUGGGGUUAUCUGAUGAUGAAUUUGAUGGAAGUGGUCUAGGUGGACGAACUGCUGAGGAGAAGAUUAAAGACAGGCUAUUCGAUGAUGACGAUGGAGGUCCGCUUGAAGAUGUGGGCGAUGAGGAAGAACUGGUAGAGGAAGAAGAUAUCGAGAUCGGGGACGAUGAUGAAAUGGCAGACUUCAUUGUAGAGGAAGAUGAACUCGAUGAGCAUGGUGCUCCUGUCAGGCGGAAGAAGGUGAGAAAGAAAUCUAGGCAGGCGCCAGGAGUUUCAUCAUCAGCUUUGCAGGAAGCUGCUGAUAUAUUCGGUGAUGUUGAAGAACUAUUGAAACUCCGCAAGAAAGGUUUGGCGUCUAAUGAAAGGAUGGAAAGAAGGCUUGAAGAUGAAUUCGAACCAACUGUACUCUCUGAAAAGUAUAUGACAGAGAAGGAUGAUGAGAUUCGCAUACUUGAUAUUCCCGAGAGAAUGCAGAUAUCUGAAGAAAGCACUGGUAGUCCUCCCAUAGACGAAAUUAGUAUUGAGGAAGAGAGCAAUUGGAUAUAUGCCCAACUCUCAACUUUGUUAAAAGGUCCGGAUCAACAAGGUUUGCAUGCUUUUGAGGGGCAGGAUGUCUCCAUAAACAAGGAUGAUAUCACACGAUUUUUGGAGUUACAUCAUGUGCAGAAACUAGAGAUACCCUUUAUAGCUAUGUACCGGAAAGAGCAGUGCAGGAGCUUAUUGGAUGGUGCUGAUUUUGGUGAUGUCAAUGCAGACAAGAAACCGGAAGUCAAAUGGCAUAAGGUCUUCUGGACGAUUCAGGACUUGGAUAGAAAAUGGUUACUUCUUCAAAAGAGGAAAGCAGCGCUGCAUGGUUAUUAUACAAAGCGUUUUGAAGAAGAGUCUAGGCGUAUAUACGAUGAGACGAGGCUUAAUCUAAAUCAGCAUCUCUUUGAAUCAAUUAUUAAGUCUCUUAAGGCUGCUGAAACUGAAAGAGAAGUUGAUGAUGUAGACUCAAAGUUCAACUUGCAUUUUCCUCCUGGUGAAAUUGACGUUGAUGAAGGGCAGUACAAGAGGCCCAAAAGGAAAUCACUUUAUAGCAUUUGCAGCAAGGCUGGGCUUUGGGAGGUUGCAAACAAGUUUGGGUACAGUGCUGAACAACUUGGGCUAGCAUUGUCCCUAGAAAAGCUGGUUGAUGAACUGGAGGAUGCAAAAGAAACACCAGAGGAUAUGGCAUCAAAUUUCGUGUGUGCGAUGUUUGAAAAUCCCCUAGCAGUCCUGAAGGGUGCUCGGCAUAUGGCUGCCAUUGAGAUAAGUUGCGAGCCGUCGGUCAAAAAGUAUGUCCGUGGCAUUUAUAUGGAGAAUGCAGUGAUCUCAACGAGUCCUACUCAAGAUGGGAAUGUGGUAAUAGACACUUUCCAUCAGUUUUCGGGGGUUAAGUGGUUACGUGAAAAGCCAUUGAGCAAGUUUCAGGAUGCACAAUGGCUUCUCAUCCAGAAGGCUGAAGAGGAGAAACUUCUCCAAGUAACCUUCAAGCUGCCAGAAAAUUACAUGAAUAGGUUAAUCAGCGACUGCAAUGAACACUAUCUGAGUGUUGGUGUAAGUAAAUAUGCUCAACUUUGGAAUGAGCAGAGGAAAUUGAUAUUGGAGGAUGCACUUCACAAUUUUCUUUUGCCUUCAAUGGAGAAAGAAGCAAGAUCCUUGUUGUCUAGCAGAUCAAAGAGUUGGUUGCUUUCAGAGUAUGGGCAGGCUUUAUGGAACAAAGUGUCUGCCGGGCCAUAUCAAAAGAAGGAUAUGGACAUUGGCUCAGAUGAUGAUGCUGUACCACGGGUCAUGGCAUGCUGUUGGGGUCCUGGAAAACCAGCAAAUACGUUUGUGAUGCUGGAUUCAUCUGGAGAGGUGCUUGAUGUGCUUUAUGCUGGGUCCCUCACUUUGCGAUCUCAAAACGUGAAUGACCAGCAACGUAAAAAGAAUGACCAGGAUCGUGUUUUAAAGUUUAUGAUGGACCAUCAGCCACAUGUUGUGGCUCUAGGAGCUGUCAAUUUGAAUUGCACUCGUCUGAAGGAUGAUAUUUAUGAGGUUAUCUUUAAGAUGGUUGAGGAAAAUCCAAGAGAUGUCGGGCAUGAGAUGGACGAGUUAAGCUGUGUGUAUGUCGACGAAGCUCUUCCCAGGCUCUAUGAAAAUUCCCGGAUCUCUGCGGAACAGCUACCUCAGCAGUCAGGAAUUGUGAAACGUGCAGUCGCUCUUGGACGCUAUCUUCAGAACCCAUUGGCAACAGUUGCCACUUUAUGUGGACCGGGUAGGGAAAUCUUGUCUUGGAAACUUCAUGCCUUGGAGAAUUUCCUUUCACCAGACGAGAAGUAUGGGAUGGUUGAAAAUGUUAUGGUCGAUGUGACAAACCAGGUUGGAAUCGACGUUAAUUUGGCUGCAAGCCAUGAAUGGUUAUUUGCUCCUUUGCAGUUCAUUUCUGGGCUUGGACCUAGAAAAGCUGCCUCCUUGCAGAGGUCUCUUGUCAGAGCUGGUUCAAUUUUUGUCCGUAAGGACUUGAUAUCUCAUGGGCUUGGUAAAAAGGUUUUUGUGAAUGCAGCUGGCUUCUUGCGUAUUCGUCGAAGUGGGCUGGCUGCUAGUAGCAGCCAGUUUCUUGAUUUAUUGGAUGACACAAGAAUACACCCUGAAUCUUAUGGUCUUGCACAGGAACUAGCGAGAGAUAUUUAUGAAGAGGAUGUAAAAGGUGAUUCAAAUGAUGAUGAGGAUGCAGUAGAGAUGGCAAUAGAGCAUGUGAGAGAUAGGCCUAGCUUAUUGAGAAGCGUUGACCUUAAGGAAUAUCUGGAAACUAAAAAGCGAGAGAACAAGAAGGAAACUUAUAACGAUAUCAUGAGAGAAUUGAUCAAUGGUUUCCAGGAUUGGAGGAAGCCUUUUAAAGAUCCAAGCCCGGAUGAAGAAUUUUAUAUGCUUUCGGGUGAAAGUGAAGAAACUAUAGCUGAGGGAAGAAUUGUACAGGCCACAGUUCGGAGGAUACAGGGUGGGAGAGCAAUAUGUGUAUUGGAUUCUGGCUUAACUGGGAUGCUUAUGAAGGAAGAUUACACAGAUGACUGGAGGGAUAUCGUUGAGCUGUCAGACAGACUGCAUGAAGGUGACAUGCUCACAUGCAAGAUCAAAUCACUCCAAAAGAACAGAUAUCAGGUUUUCCUUGUCUGCAAGGAAAGUGAAAUGAGAAUUAACAGGCACCAACAUGUCCAGAACUUUGAUCCUUAUUACCAUGAGGAUCAGAGCAGUCUCCAGAAUGAUAAAGUAAAAGCUCAGAAAGAAAAGGAGCUGGGGAGGAAGCACUUCAAGCCUCGGAUGAUUGUUCAUCCACGUUUCCAAAAUAUUACUGCCGAUGAAGCAAUGGAGUAUUUGUCUGAUAAGGAUUUUGGGGAAAGCAUCGUUCGCCCAAGUUCUCGUGGACCCAAUUAUUUGACUUUGACACUCAAGAUUUAUGAUGGAGUUUAUGCUCACAAAGACAUAGCUGAGGGUGGGAAGGAGAACAAGGACAUAACCAGCCUACUUCGUAUCGGGAAGACGUUGAAAAUUGGGGAGGACACCUUUGAGGAUUUGGAUGAGGUCAUGGAUCGAUAUGUUGAUCCUUUGGUGGCUCAUCUCAAGGCAAUGCUCAACUAUCGGAAAUUUCGGAGGGGAACCAAAACAGAAGUUGAUGAACUUCUAAGGAUUGAGAAGGCUGAAAACCCGUCGAGGAUAGUCUACAGCUUCGGGAUUUCUCACGAACAUCCAGGCACCUUUAUACUAACUUACAUACGAAGCACAAACCCGCACCAUGAGUAUAUAGGCCUAUAUCCCAAGGGGUUUAAGUUCAGGAAAAGGAUGUUUGAAGACCUCGACAGGCUUGUCGCGUAUUUCCAGAGGCAUAUCGAUGAUCCGAUGCAUGAACCGUCGAUUAGGUCUGUUGCUGCCAGGGUACCCAUGAGAAGCCCGGCCGAACGUGGUUCUUCGGCAGGAGGUGGUUGGGGUGGUAGUUCCCACAGCGAAGGAGGUUGGAAAGGUCACUCUUUUGAUAGGGAUCAUUCUUCUACACCUGGUUCAAGAUCUGGCAGGGGAGGUGAUUUCAGAAACAGUGGCGGCGGUGGCAGAGACGGGCAUCCGAGUGGGGCACCGAGGCCAUACGGUGGUGGCCGCGGUCGUGGACGAGGAAGAAGAGAUAACAUGAACAACGAAAGGCAGGAUUCAGGGUUUGAUACUCCGAAAUGGGGUUCUUCUUCAAAAGAUGGGAAUGACGAUUGGGGCAAUAAUAACAGCGGCACCGGAGGAGGCGGUGGUUGGGGAAGUGACACUGGAGGAGGUAAAAAAAGCAGCGUAGGGGACGAAGGCGGUUGGGGAGGAGGUGGCGGUUGGGGAAGCGAUUCCGGCGGUAGAAAGAGCAGUGACGGAGAUGGCGGAUGGGGCGGUAGAAAGAGCAAUGACGGAGAUGGCGGAUGGGGAGGUAGAAAGAGCGGUGGCGGUGGUGCUUGGGGUGGUGAGUCGAGCGGAGGAAAAGAGGGCGGCAGCGGCGGUUGGUGAGAGAGAGUACCUUUCGUAGUACCGAGAAAAAAAAGUUUGUUAUAUUUAGUCUCUGCGAAAAAAGUUACCUGAUUAGCCAGCCUCCUGCCAUGAGGGUAACGAGGGUUAAUGAAUUAGACUAUCGACGUACCAAAUUAAUUUAGAAUUUUUACCAUGUGACCUCACCUCUUCACAUUUUUUGCCCAUUCUGGUUUUGAUGGUUUCCCAAUUUUUUGUUUGUUUCCUUAAGAAAAUACCAAUUUUGCCCA